AUGAUAUACCGGCUGGCGAUCCCCGCGAUUGGCGCCUCCGCCCUGCUUCAAGCCUCUAUAUACGACGUCCGCGGCGGCUCGAGGGCCGUCAUCUUCGACAGAAUACAGGGAGUCAAAGAGACCGUCAUCAACGAGGGCACCCACUUCCUGGUACCAUGGCUACAGCGCAGUAUUAUCUUCGAUGUUCGCACUAAGCCCAGAAAUAUCGCUACUACGACCGGAAGCAAGGAUCUGCAAAUGGUCAGCUUAACGCUGAGAGUGCUACAUCGACCUGAUGUCAAGUCCCUACCCAAGAUCUACCAAAACCUCGGCACCGACUACGACGAGCGUGUGCUCCCCUCCAUCGGCAACGAAGUCUUAAAGUCCAUCGUCGCACAAUUCGACGCCGCAGAACUAAUCACGCAGCGCGAAGCCGUAUCGCAGCGGAUCCGGACGGACCUGAUGAAACGCGCCUCCGAGUUCAACAUCGCGCUCGAGGACGUGUCCAUCACCCACAUGACCUUCGGCAAGGAAUUCACCAAGGCCGUCGAGCAGAAGCAGAUCGCCCAGCAGGACGCCGAGCGUGCCCGCUUCAUCGUCGAGAAGGCCGAACAGGAGCGCCAGGCCAACGUUAUCCGCGCCGAAGGAGAGGCUGAGAGUGCCGAGACCAUCUCCAGGGCCAUCGCCAAGUUCGGUGACGGCCUCAUCCAGAUCCGUAAGAUCGAGGCCAGCCGCGAGAUCGCUCAGAUCCUGGCUCCGAAUCCGAAUGUUUCGUAUCUGCCGGGCAGCAGCAAGCAAGGGGGCAGCGGGCAAUUCUUACUUUCGAUGGGCAAGGCAUAA